GGGCACCCACUAACACUCAUCCUGUAGGAUCUGUCAGGAGAAGGCCACUGAUCCCUGGCUCUUCUGCUUUGUCCCCGCCAGGUCACCAUGAUGCGUUUGGCUGCCGUCACUGGGCUGUUCCUGCUCUUCAGCAGGUUCCUGGAGCUCUCCUGGGUGCUGGUGUUCACUGUCCUCUUCAUUCUCCUGUUGAGCUCCCGGGGGUGGAAAUUUCCCAUCGUAUUCACCAAGACGAUAAGGAGAGAUGUCACCACGGGGCUGGUCCUGCUGAGGGUGAAGUGGAAGGUGUGGUGGCACGUGAGGGAGAAGAGCACCAUCCCCAAGAUCUUCCAGGAGACGGUCCGCAGGCACCCGGAGAAGACUGCGCUGAUCUACCAGGGGACAGGCGAGAGCUGGACCUUCCGGCAGCUGGACGAGUACUCCAACCGCGUGGCUAACUACCUGCACGAGCAGGGCUUCCGCUCUGGCGAUGUGGUGGCCUUGUUUAUGGAGUCCCGCAACCAGUACGUGGGUCUCUGGCUAGGGAUGGCCAAGCUUGGGGUGGAGACAGCGCUCAUCAACUCCCACCUGCGCCAGGAAGCCCUGCUGCACUGCAUCACCAUCUCCCACUCCAAGGCUGUGAUGUUUGGAGCAGAGAUGAUGGAAGCCAUGCGGGAAGUGCAGCCCUCCAUGAAGAAAUCUGUGCGUCUCUUCUGCUCUGGGGAGUGGCACCAAGAAUCUGCUCCCCUAGGAACAGAACACCUGGACCCCCUCCUCCAGGCAGCGCCCCGGCACCAGCCAAACCCCUCGGAGAAGGGCUUCCUCGAUAAACUCUUCUACAUCUAUACCUCUGGCACGACGGGCUUGCCCAAGGCUGCCAUCGUGGUGCAUUGCAGGUACUUUCGCAUGUCGAGCCUGGUUUACUAUGGAUUCCGCAUGAGGCCAGACGAUGUGAUGUAUGACUGCCUUCCACUUUACCACGCAGCAGGAAACAUCGUUGGGAUAGGCCAGUGCCUGCUGCAUGGCAUGACCGUGGUGAUCCGCAAGAAGUUCUCAGCCUCGCACUUCUGGGAUGACUGUGUGAAGUACAACUGUACGGUUGUGCAGUACAUCGGGGAAAUCUGCCGCUAUCUCUUGAACCAGCCAUACCAGGAGGCAGAGCGGCAGCACCGUGUGCGCAUGGCACUGGGGAAUGGUCUCCGCGCAUCCAUCUGGAGGGAGUUCAUGGCUCGGUUUGGGAUCCCCCAGGUUGCUGAGUUUUACGGUGCCACCGAGUGCAACUGCAGUCUGGGCAACUUCGACAAUAAUGUUGGUUCCUGUGGCUUCAACAGCAUGAUAUUUCCCGGUAUUUAUCCCAUCGGUUUGGUGAGGGUGGACGAGGACACCAUGGAGCUGAUCCGUGGCCCAGAUGGACUCUGCAUCCGCUGUAAAACAGGGGAACCAGGGCAGUUAGUGGGCUGCAUUGUUAGGAGCAACCCACUGCAGCACUUUGAUGGGUACCUGAACCAGGCAGCCACCAGCAAGAAGAUCACCCAGAAUGUAUUCUCCAAGGGUGAUUCUGCCUAUCUCACAGGAGACGUGCUGGUGAUGGACAUGUAUGGGUACAUGUACUUCCGAGACCGCACUGGGGACACUUUCCGCUGGAAGGGUGAGAAUGUCUCCACAACAGAGGUGGAGGGGGCACUGAGCCGCAUCCUCAACCUGGCUGAUGUCGUUGUCUACGGAGUAGAGGUGCCAGGCAUGGAGGGGAAGGCGGGCAUGGCGGCCAUUGCUGACCCUGAGAAUUCCUGCAACCUGGAGAGCUUCAUCACUGAGCUCAAGAGGGCCCUGCCCUUGUACGCACAACCUGUUUUCCUGCGGUUCCUGCCAGAAGUCCACAAGACAAGCACCUACAAGUUCCAGAAGACGACUCUGCGCAAGGAGGGUUUUGACCCCACGGUGGUGAAGGACACACUGUACUUCCUGGACUCUAGGCAGGGCCGGUACCUCCCUUUGGACCAGGAGGCCUUCACAAGAAUCCAGUCAGCACAACAGAAGCUGUAACUAGUGAGAGUCUGUUGGCCACCUCCCCCUGUCCCUCUGCUGCAAUGGGAUGGAGUGGGCAAUAGGAAAGAAAGGGUUAAAGGAUUAUAAUGAAGGGCAUGCUAGGGCUUUUGUUUUUAUGAGUUUUAAAGGUAAAGGUUCAGGGGACUGGAGAGGGGGAAAGGUGACAUACCAAAGCAUAGCAUCAUUAUGGCUUUAUUUUCUAUUCUGUACAACAGUAGCCCCCUGGGGAUGUGCGCAUGGGGUCUUCAGUUCACCUAUGGCCAGCCAGUGCAUGUGCCAUGGGGGCUGUGGGAGCCACCAUGGAGGAGGAGGGAGGUCACCUGCUGCCCAUGGGACUCUGAUUCCAGGUUUUUCUUGCUUGCUUGCUUUCUCUCCCUGUUCUGUGGAUGCUGCUAAGUCCCAAAAGGGCUGGUGACAGCAAUUCCUCAUGAGGGUCUCCUGGGAGUGAUGCUGUGCUUGCCCUUUCUCAAAGCAUCCAGCCUAUGGGAGCCUGGCCCCUGGCACUGAACCACUCAGCUGGGUGGGGACCAAAAACAUUGACCCCCUUUGCAGGCUGCUGCUGCAGCUCCACAGUUGAGGAAGGGGAGAGGGAGCAGAGCAGUCUGGGGGUCCAGGGGAGGGACAGGUUUCCCUGCCAUGCCUCACUCUUCCCAGGGGUCAAACUUUUCUUUCUUUCACACUCAUGUGCAUAUCUAUAUAUAUC